AGUAGUCUUGUUACUAUUGGAUGCUUUUCCGGUACAAUGUGUUACAUUCCUAGCACAUUGUAGCGUCAGGUGAAACUGUAAUACAUUUUCCAGAAGUAAACAGUUAAUUAAUUUUUGUUGCGGGGCUCAUUCACGAAGACAUUGUGACCGAACGUGCACCAUGGCAGAGGUUUUCCACCUGAACACACCGCUGCUGGAGAGCAUCAACAUGUCCAAGAGGGUGGGAACCACUGUCUAUCUAAAAAUGGAGAACACACAGCCCUCUGGUUCCUUCAAGAUCCGCGGCAUCGGGCACCUCUGCCAGCAGCUCGCCAGACACUCCAAAGGAGUAGUCUGCUCUUCAGGUGGUAAUGCAGGUAUGGCUGCAGCAUAUGCAGCCCAAAAAAUGGGCGUGCCAGCUACCAUCAUAGUUCCCUCCUCCACUCCUCCAUUGGUGGUCCAGAGACUCCAGGAUCAGGGUGCUACUGUCAAAAUUGUAGGCAAGGUGUGGGAUGAUGCCAACACAGAGGCUCUCAAACUGGCAGAAACUGAAGGGCUUGCUUAUGUUCCUCCAUUCGAUCACCCCUUGCUAUGGAAAGGCCACGCCAGUAUGAUUGCAGAGGUCACUGCAUCUCUGGGUCCCAGCGUGAAGCCCGGAGCUGUGGUGGUGUCUGUGGGCGGAGGGGGCCUCCUGUGUGGGGUCAUCCAGGGCCUCAAGGAUGUGGGCUGGACAGACGUGCCCAUCGUCGCGAUGGAGACGGUGGGGGCAGACUGUUUCAAUGCUGCAGUUAAAGCGGGGAAGUUGGUCACUUUAGAUGACAUCACCAGCGAGGCUAAAUGUCUUGGAGCGAAGACGGCCUGUAAACAAGUCUUCGACUACAGCCAGAGCAGCGAGCUGACGAUCAUCUCUGAGCUGGUGACCGACCAGCAGGCUCUGCACGCUAUCCAAACAUUCCUGGAUGAGGAGCGCGUGCUGGUGGAGAUGGCGUGUGGAGCAGCGCUGGCAGCUGUCUACAGCGGUGUCAUAGUCAGAUUACAAAAUGAAGGCCGUCUGCCAGCUCUCUUGGGCCCUCUGGUGGUGAUUGUAUGCGGUGGCUCCACCAUCAACAUGGAGCAACUGACCUACCUGAAGCACAAACUGCAGAGCUAAACUUUUGUAUGCGUGCAGGUGUGUGUGUGGGCAGGGUGUGUAUAACGAUGAAAAAACUUCAGUGAAUGGAAGGAUGAGCUGAAAAAUAAAGAAAUGUGCAGUUUUACUGUAAAUUUAAAAGCAAAAGUCUCUUUUUGUAUAAUUUAAAAGAAAGUUUAUAAUAUUUUAGUGUGAUUAUAUGUUAAGUAACUAAGAUAAAUCUCUAUAAAUUAUUAAGUGUUUUAAUUUAAAUGUCAUUUUGAGUAAUUAUUGCUUAGCAUGCAGUGACACAGUUUUGUCACAUGGUGGUGUCACAGCUCUCUAAUCAAAAGUGCCCCACAGUUAGAAACACUACAGACAAGUGUUAGCUUAUCUUUAUUCCGUUGUAUUUGUCAGAAAGUCCGCAGUAAGUCUGAGUGAAGUGCCAGUCACUGUGUUUACCCACAUGUGUGUUGACAACAAAAUGAGUAUUGGUUAUAGCAAGAAAGAGCACUGAUAAUAUCUCUGCUGUGAUCCCUGUGGUGUUCAGAGUGAAAGGAGAGAGCAUCAAAUAUGGGCAGUUUUGAUUACAUGCAAUGAAAAAAACAGUAUAAAACCCAGAGCAAAGCAACAAGAUAAAAAUAAAGUGUGUGCCAUGCGUAACUGAA